AUGCCUUUCAUGUCUCAAUUGCUUGGUGAUGAAAUUUACGACCCCUUCCUUUCAAUGGUCAACAGAUGUCCGGUCCUGAACACUCCGACGGACUGGAAAGAAAUCCCGGAAGCCCACGUGUUUAUAUCUGAUCUUCCAGGGCUCAAGAAGGAGGAAGUGAAUGUUGAGGUUGAUGAUGAGAGGGUGCUUAAAAUAUAUGGAGAAAGGAAAGAGGAAAAAUAUGAUAAGAAUGAUAAGUGGCAUAGAAUGGAACGUUGUCGAGGUAAGUUUCGUCGGAGCUUCGAGUUGCCGGAGAAUGCGAAGACCGACGGAGUUAAGGCGUCGAUGGAGAACGGGGUGAUGGUUGUGACUGUCCCCAAGCAAGAAGUGAAGAAGCCGGCAAAGAAAAUGAUUCAGAUCGAGGGUUGAGUGUGAUCUUUCAUGCUGUGUUUCAUGUUCUAUGUUGGU